AUGCCUAAAUACAUUGAGUUGCUGCAGUUGGACAGGUAUACCUAAUAAAGUGGCCUGUGAGUGCAUUCCGAGGUGUGGACAAAAUACUUGACAUGGAAGGACGAAUAUUGCAUCAUUGCUAUAAAGAUUUUUGAAUAUUAAAAUUAAACGCGACAGUUAUCAUGUCAGUCUUCAAAGGAAAGCCCGUGUAUGGUAAUCGUGCUCUGCUAAGUAACAAGGAUGCUUACUUGAAUAAUUUAUAAUAACGUACGCUUAUAGUGGGUGAACAAAUGUUGCUAACAAUUCAUUUAAUGAUAUUAAAAGCCGCUAAAAUCAAUAAUCUAAAAGCGCCAUUCAAAUAUCUAAAUGCUACAAAUAAGCAUAAAGGUAUGCUUUAUGCUAACGUCUUGGCUGUCCAAUGGUCGUCGCUAAAUGAAAGCGUCUUAUUUGCGUCAUCAAACGGCGACGAUGGUUUCAGUCGUAAACAUUCAGCGCAGGGAGUCAAAGCGGCAUGGAAAAACACAUAGAGAUUUAAACAGCGUGUACAAUUUAUGCAGUUCCUACAACACUGUUGGAUAUCUUAUCGCGCCAUAAAACAUCCAUUACUCAACAACUUCGCUCUUAUUAAAUCCUAUAUUUAGGUUUAUCAGACGUUUAAGACGCUCGCGACAUUGCGAUGGCGGUUAAACAAGACUAAUAGAAAGGAGCAUGUAGUUCGUUUGCAGGAUGACAGUGAUGAGGGAGGUCGUUUUUAGGCUGCUUUAGAGACACCCUGGCGCUUUAGUGGAUAAAUGAAGAUGGUUCUGUCUUUGGUGAAUCUGUGCGCCCGGGAGGUGGUGAGCGAUCAUAGCUCUUCGCCCUACUGGCUGAGCUGUGUGCCCAGAGAGCUUUACCAAGCCCUGCUUGACGCUGCCUUCACCCACUGCCGUCCUCUCGCCGUGGGCGAGCUCGUCCAGCGGUGGCCCGAGCGAACGCUUACCACUGGAGGCAGCAGAAGAGUGGGAAAGUCUCAGUGUCCUCCGAACCGCCUCUGCGUCCAGGCUCUGCUGCUGGCCGUGGUCAGAGGACUCUCGGACAAGAGGUGUUGCCUGCAGGUGUUGGAUCUCAGUGGACUUCAGUGUGAGGAUGUGAGGGUUGAAGACUCGAUGGGAGGCUGGUCGCUCACUGUCGCACUUUGCUCCAUGGUGCUACAAGCUCGAGCUGCUGCCUCCAGAGCUCACAGGAGAGAUGGAGAACGAGAGAGAAAAAGAGGCCUGGAGGCAGAACGUGAACGGGGAGCCAUCAAACGGGACCGGGGUACAGCAGGAUGCGGAAAUACCAGUGAAGGAAACAAUGAACCAGUACAGAAGAUGGAGUGCAGUACCAACCAACCAACAUUAGCAGAAGAGUCGGUGAAGGGUGUCAGGAGGAGAAUGGAGAUCCUGAGGAGAAAGGCUCAAUGUGAAGUUAAACCAAACACCAAUGGAAAUAACAGUAGGUUGUGUGAGCAAGACUGGGAGGAUGUAGUUGUGGUUCAUAUUAGGGCUGAUCUUUUUGUCAAUUGCCGUUCCUGGGAGCGCGUACGGGAUGCUCUUAGUCAACCAGGGCCAAUACGGCUGCACUGCCGCUAUCUCCGCGUGGAGGAGCUCUCUGCGUCAUCCAUAGCAACUUUAUUGGGUCUCUUGCCUCAGCAGGAUCUCCUCGGUGUGGACAUCCGCUACUCCAGCCUUGGGGUAUCAGGUUUGGCUAUGUUACUUCCACUUUUAGCUCCCUUCCCUCAGCUUCACUCUCUCAGACUGCAUUACUGUAACUUGGACUUGCAACGCACACAGCCUGGCCAGCAGGGGGCACUUCAGGACAUGUGUAAAGGGCUGAGUUCACUGAAGAAACUCAAGAGAUUAUGCCUGACCGCUCUCCGAUUGCCAGGACACCUGCGUCUGCUACUCAGUUCUCUCUCCCAGCCUCUGGAGGUGCUAGAGCUGCCGUACCUGUGCCUGACCUCAACAGACCUGGCCUAUCUGUCCUGCAGCCAGCAUGCUUCAUCCCUGAGAGAACUGGACCUGAGCGAGAACUGGCUGGAUGAUUCCUCCCUGCCGUCACUGCGCCGUCUCUUAGGUCAAGCCGAAAACUCCUUGAGCCAACUUUCUCUGUGUGGUUGCGGUCUUUCAGACGCUCUCCUCGGAGCUCUUCUGCCCUCGCUGUCCUGCUGUCGAGCUUUACGCAGUUUAAGACUGGCCUUAAACCCGCUCUCUAGGACAGGGCUUGUUUCUCUGGCCCGAACGGCAGCAGGUAUUCCUUCUCUUCGUCUGCUGCUGUAUCCCAACCCGCUGGAGGAAUACGAGGCUGGUCUGCCAGCUCUGCCCUCCAGUGCUCAGCUGCUGGACUGGCCUCUGCUGGAGGAGCCUGAGAGCCGCCAAUUAACGCUGAGGAUGCUGGAUGAGGUUUUAAAUUCCAGAGGACGCUCUCGAGACCUUCUUGUGACCUCUGACCUUUUAAACUAUAGCCCAGAUUUGACUGUGGUGGAUUAAAGAGUGAAUGCAUCAAUAAUUCUUAUAGCUAUAAUAAGUAUUUGACUAUCCAAACAAGUACUUUCAUCUUAUGUUUUAACUAAUAUUGGAGAAUUUAAUCACAGCCGCCUUUUAAACUCACCUCUGAGCUUAGUUUAUACACACAAUCCUAUAAAAGGGCUGGCUAGUGGAAACCUUUGCAUUAUAUUGUAUGCAGCUUGUCAUAUGAAAUGAUUUUGAGUUGUUGCCUUAAAGUUCAACCAAAAUGGAAAGAUCUGUCAUCAUUUAAUCAUCCUCCAUUUGUUCCAAACCUGUGUGAGUUUCUUUCAUCUGUUAAUCACAGAUGAAGAUACCAUGAAGAAAGCUGUAAAAAAUAGCCUUUUUUUGUUCCUACUAUGGAUGUCAAUUGCUGUUUUCCCCAACAUUCUGCACAAUAUCGUGUUCUGUAUGGUCAAUAGAAGAAAGAACGCUUGGAA